UUACAUUUGACCUUCCUCGAGACCUCUAAUUCAAGAUGUCGGGUGCAAGGGGCGACAGCAAUGUCAACCAUGUUACGAGAACCAACCAAAUCGAAGGCACCCGCAUACCGACAAUAACCAUAGCGAUAUGUAUAUUGAUUGCGAUAGUUGCACUCAUCAUCUCAGCCGUCGCAAUCUCCAACCCUGCUGGCUCUGACAUUACAGUCCAGGGUACAACGGCAAAUAUUCAGCAAAAUCAGCCUCCCAGUAGGGCCUAUGACGCCAUCAACCGAUAUCAGGCCUCAAACGAAAGAAGAAUUUACACGAUUGCCGUUGGAUACGAUACUGGGCCUUAUGUAUAUAAGGACGUCAGCGGAUUCCCAAUUGGAUUCAAUCACGACUUAAUAGACGCAGUGUGUCAGGAGGCGGGAAUUGAUUGUAGGGUUGUCAAGGAGCCUUCCACCAACUGCAUGUUCUCAGAGAGAGGACAGCCACACAGAGGAGGGAUAGGACUUAUGGAAGGUUGGUACGACGCCUGCACCGGGUGGCUGACCACACGUGAACGGAAGCAGAUUUUCGCAUUUUCCAAGCCGUUUUUGAAACCUAUCGAGGUCUAUUUCUUCGCCUUUCCUGGAUUUAAUCCAUUCAAUAUUACUGGAAAGAAAAUAGGACUGAUAAGCGGCUUCUUCAGUAACGAAGCCUGCCUAGCUGGACUGGACCAGGUGACUGGAAGAGACGUCCCGCACUCCAACGUUUUCCACGCCCAGACGGUUGACGAGCUAUUGGCUAUGAUCCAGAACGGAACUGUAGACGUGGGUUUUAGCACGGGGCCUUCUAUGGCCACCAAAAUCAAUGGCACUAAUAUCCAACGGUUCCCAUCGGAUCCCAUGUUCUGUAAGAAUGCCGGACAACCUGGAAUGAUGACCCGCAAAGACAAUGACUUCAACUCUAAAUGGAAUGAAGGGUUUGAGAAACUGGUCUCUUCAGGACGUUUUAAACAUUUAUGUGAUGAGGCACGGAUCAAGCACGGUCAUCUCGGUGAGAUUGACUGUGUGGAUGCCUAACAACAGGAAUCAAAAACUUUCACCUUGAUAGCUAAAGCACAAAACA